AUGGCGCGCGUCGUGUCGUGCCGCUUCCUGCGCCUGAGCUGCAGCGAAGAGGACCAUUCACUCUUCCACCGGGAGUACGCCAGGAGUAACCGUGAGCGAGGGGUUAAGCUUUUGCGGUGCUUCCCGCACUGCUGUCCGGAGCACGCCAGACGCAGCUACUGCGGCUGCUCCGUGCACGUGCUCGUCACCUUCUCAUCCAGCGUAAGCGCCGCGGAGCUGGACGACCUGGUCGUGUGUGCACGCUUCGAGCCUUCACGUGUGGCGCCGCGGUGGCCUGCCGGACUGGAACACAUCGCAGGAUUGACCAGUGACGAUAGCAGGCAGGAGGACGAACGCAGGCUGGGGGUCGGUGAGAGCGUGGUGUUGCCCGCAAGUCUGUUUUCGUCGAGUGGGCGGCGUAGCAGCAUGGAGUCCGUCUGGAUACGCGCGGACAGGGAGAGCGAUGCGAAACAGAAGACUGUUCCAGAGAACUCGGUGCUCUACGUGGUGAACAACUGCAGGUUCCCGAAAUGGUACUACAACUACGACAGCAGCGUCACGCGGACGCAGCGCGAUAUGACCCACCACUUCGUCGCGUACGCAUUUCGGCUGACUGGG